AUGAGUUUCACAAAGCCGUCGGAAACCGGCAAACGCGAAGGUCUACGUACACUCGUCAUGUAUGCUGUGAUUAUUUUUCUCUUGUCCGCUGGAAAUAUUUCGUGUCUUACUUGCAAAGAGGUUGUUGUUGUUUCAAAAAAUACUAAUGUAACGUUAAAAGAUUUGGAGAAAUUAUCUUCAAAGGAAAUCGUCAAUUGUUUAUCGCAUUUAGGAAGAGUGAAGCUAAAUAAUUCACAAGCAGGAUUCAUUUGGAAUUCAAUUAUUGAUUUCUAUAAAGAUAUAUCGAAUAUUCCCAAUGAAGUAUUAUCGUUAUUAAGAUGGAUCACAAUAGCUAUAAAACCAAAAGAUUACCAAAAUUUGACGUUGAGUAAUCUCGACGUCAUCACAAAUUUCGGUUUAGAUUAUGGUUUGAGUAAAGAACAACUUUCGGCAAUAGCAGACCGAGUCCGUGAAGACAAAGAGCCAGAGGAUUACACGUUUUACGAUUUAUCAGCCCUCAGACAGAUUUUGUGUGUUUUCGAAGGUGAUGAAAUAGAGAGAAUUCAUCCUAAGGCGUAUAAAGAAGCCGCUGUGCUAAUUGGGAAAUUAAAACAUUGUAACUAUGAUGUUUUCGAAGGUUUCGCUAAAUUAGCACUCGAUAAAGACGCCUUUGGUUCACCAGAUUAUUGGAAAAUAGAUACAAUAUGCAUUUUGGGUGGUGUAGCAAAAUAUCUCCCAGAAGAGGUUACGUUGAAACUAAAAGGGAAGCUAGGGGAUGAUUUUCUAAAAGAAACCGAUAAACAUAUUACCCGAGAAGAAGAUUGUGAUGAUUAG